ACUGCGGUUUGCCGGGUUUGCUGGGUUUGCUUUACACCCUCUCCUGAAGCGCAGAGAGGCCUGCAGGGGCUCCUGGCCCCACGGGGCCUGCUGAGAAGGGAAGCGUCACUUUCAGGCUGAAUGAGCCCCAAGCACUGGACCCGGGGGGUGGAGAACUCGGCCUCCUCCCACAUCCGCCAUCUGUGGACUAGGGGCCCAGCUGAAUGGUCCCUGCCGGAGAGAGAGCAGCCCUGCUGCAAAAGAAAACCCCAAUAAAGAGAAUGCGGGUGCCUGGAGAGUAAAUGGCUGCCACCGUGUCCACCGAGAAGCCGGCGUCUUGGUGGGAUUAUUUUUUCCUUUACGAUGGCUCAAAGGUAAAGGAAGAAGGAGACCCCACCAGAGCUGGCAUCUGUUAUUUCUACCCCUCGGAGACCCUGCUCGACCAACAGGAGCUGCUCUGUGGACAGAUCGCGGGCGUUGUCCACUGCGUCUCGGACAUUUCCGGCUCGCCCCCCACUCUCAUUCGUCUGCGGAAGCUGAAGUUCGCCGUGAGAAUGGAUGGGGACUACCUUUGGGUGCUGGGCUGCGCUGCGGAGCUCCCGGAUGUCAGCUGCCAGCAGUUCCUGGAUCAGCUCAUCGGAUUCUUCCACUUCUACAACGGACCCGUUUCUCUGGCAUACCAGAGCCGUUCUCGGGAGGAGCUGGGCGCCGCGUGGGAGGCCGCCAUCCAGCAGAUUCUGAGCCACACCGGCGACCUGGACAGGAUCUUCAGUUCCCUCUGGACCCUCGACCCCACCAAGGUAGAGCCACUGCUGCUGCUGAAGGCGGCCCUCAUCCUGCAGGCCUGCCAGUGCUGCCCGCACGUCCACGCCGGCUGCAUCCUCUACCAGGGCCUGAUCGUCAGCACCCAGCUCACCCCGUCCCUCACGGCCAAGGUCCUGCUACGCCAGGAGCAGGGACCACCCCCAGGAGGGGCUGCAGUGCAGGAAGGCGGAGCGCCUCUCCCCCGCCACGUCCGCAUCGUGCCUGUGUUCCUGACCGAGGCAGAAGCGGCCAGUCUCCAGGAUUUCCCCGGGGAGCUGAUGACCAGCUCUCCUGCACCCGCAGCCUCCCUGCAGGAGCACCCGGCCCAGCACCGGCUGAAGGGCCAGAGCACGUCUGUCCCUGGCGAGAAGCCUGUCCCUGGGGAGACCGCUGCAGCCCGGCACGAGGACUCCGGGGCCUGCACACUGGUGACUCCCCUCCAGCCCCCGGCCCCGGAUAUGGCUCAGCCGAAGAGCAAGGGAGAGAACGGCCUGCCCGCCUCCCAGCCCACAGCUGUGCCCAGUGCUGACCAUGACCCCGGGCCUGUGCGUGGAUGCCCCUUGGCUGAGAAAUCUGGCUUGUCUGGAGACGACAGGGAGCAGGGCCUGUCUGGAACCCACAUUCCCGAGGCUCAGAACCAGGCACCCUCUUCGGGUUGUUUUCUAUUCCCUAGCAUGAGGGACCCGGAGGCGGGGAGCCCCAGCCUCAAGGAACCAGUUGGCGGUGACUGUGGCAGUCGGGAACCCCAGAACCCUGCGGCUGGGCCGGAGACCCUCUCCCGGGAUCAGGCCCCUGUUCCUGCAGAAGAGCCCCUUCCCCCAGGGCCACGUGGGCAUCUGUCAUCUGCCGAGCGGCUCUCCGGGCCGGGUGGCGAGGCUCAGGGGGCAGGCGCGGCAGCCCCCAGCCCCACGGACUCGGAAGGCGGCGUCCUGGCAGAGAAAAGGGAGGCGAGGUGGAAGGCCGCGCAGCCCGGGGCACUGGUGCCCAUGCGACUGUACACCCACUCCGUGAAAGGUCUGCUGCUGGCCCUGCUGGCCGCUGAGCCGCUGCAGGAGGACGCAGCCGCCGUCCAGGAGGUGUACCACAGCAGCCUGGCGUCCCUGAACGGGCUGGAGGUCCACCUGAAGGAGACCCUGCCCGCCGCCAGGACGGCCGCCCCGGGCAGAGCCUACAACUUCGCACACUACGACCGCGUCCAGAACGUGCUGACGGCCAGCCAGCUGCAGGCGGCCACCCCCCAGGACCGCCGCUUCCUUCAGGCCGUCAGCCUGAUGCACUCAGACUUCGCCCAGCUGCCCGCGCUGUCAGAGAUAACUGUGAGGAACGCCUCCACCGCCGUGUACGCCUGCUGCAGCCCCGCUCAGGAGACCUACUUCCAGCCGCUGGUGGCGGCCGCCCGGAGCUCCGGCUUCCCCAGCGCACAGGACAGCGCCUUCAGCCUCCCGGGCAAGGCCAGGCAGCGGCUACUCAAGCACGGGGUGAACCUACUGUGAACCGUCACAGCCCCAGACGUG